AGAUAACGCGAGAUUUAAGAUGGCUGCGCCCACCCCGCCAGUUUUUGCAGUACGGGGGUCAGAAGGACUCAAGGUAAUCAAUGGCCCCCCUUCAUAUGAAGAAAAUGAUGUCAUUACCAGGUCCCAUGCAGCAGAUGCUUCCAGGUGCAAAACAAUGAGCUUAAGCAACAAUGGAGCUUUCAUUGCAUGGACAGAUGGACAGAGUCUAUUCGUGGUGGAGUUUUCCUCAGGGAAACUAGUUUUCCAUGCUGAGGUACCGAAACUAGGUUCUGUGAUACUAUCUCCCAAUGGCACCUAUCUCGCUGGCUGGGAGCAAUACAUCUCUACUGAUAUUCCUGGUGGCAUGCCUAACAUGUAUUUUUGGAAUGUAAAAAGUGGUAAAAAGCUCAAAGAUAUAACCCAGAAGAAGCAGUCACAAUGGUGGCCUCAGUGGUCAGCUGACGAGAAGGUAUGUGGCCGCAUGGCCAACCAGGAGGUGCACUUCUUUGAAGAGGGAAACUUUGAUGUGAUCGCUCACAAGAUGCAUGUGCAGAAAGUCAUCAGUUUUAGUCUCUCUCCAUCUAAAAUGGCUCCUUAUCAUGUUGCUGCAUAUGUUCCUGGUUCAAAGGGCCAACCUUCAUUCGUGAGGCUCUAUCGGUACCCACGCUUUGAUGGCCAACAAGCUAUUAUUGCAAACAAAAGCUUUUUCAAGGCAGACAGAGUUUUAAUGUACUGGAAUAAGAAAGGCACAGCAAUGUUGGUGAUGGCUGUCAUCGAUGUAGAUAGUAGCAACACGUCUUACUAUGGUGAACAGAAGCUUCACUAUAUCGACACAGGUGGCGCCAGCAGUACAGUCUCUUUAGGAAAAAAUGGACCUAUAUAUCACGUGGAGUGGAGUCCAACCUCAACCGAAUUCUGUGCUGUAUAUGGCUUCAUGCCAGCCAAAGCAACAUUGUACAGCACCAAGUGUGAGCCUCUGUUUGACUUUGGUGAAGGGCCAAGAAAUGCAGCCUACUUCAGUCCUUUUGGGAAUAUGCUCGUUCUGGCUGGGUUUGGAAACCUGAAGGGCCAGUUGGAGUUCUGGGAUAUGGAAGUGCAUCAGUUGAUGUGCAAGUGUGUGGCGUCUGAUUCCACAUUCAUGCAGUGGUGUCCGGAUGGGGAGCAUCUUCUCACGGCAACCACGUCGCCACGGUUACGGGUGGGAAAUGGCUACAGGUUGUGGCAUUACACAGGCAGUCUGGUGCAUGAACACAAAGCCAACGACGGGGAAGAGUUGUUUGAAGUCGCCUGGCAACCAGAUGAAGAAAAAUUCAAGAAGAAACCAAUUUCCUACAAGGCGGUUCGUUCGAUAGCUGCACCAGCACCAAGUAUGUAUCCAGAGAGGUGGUAG